AUGUAUUUAGAUGAAAAAUCCUCCCAAAAUUUUGGUUCAGAAAAAACCAAUCAAAAUAAUAAAAUCGAUGAUUGUUCAAACAAUAAUUGGACAAAUGACUGGUCAAAUGCUAAUUCAAUAAAUAAUUUUAAUUCUGCUAAUAAUAGCCAAACAUUUCUUGGAAAAAUUGAAAAUAAAAGAAAUUUUGGUACUUUUGCUCCUCGAUUUAUUUCAGAGAAUAAUUCAAAUAAAGAAAAACCCCAAACAAAAAGGGAAAAGUUUUUGCCGCCUAAAGCAGAGGAAUGGGAACUUUUUGAUGAAAAUAAACAAGUAAAGGAAGGGGAAAUGUUUGAUGAAAUUUGUGAAGUUUAUGAUGAAGCUACGGCUGUGUUAAAUUGUGACGGAACUGAUGUUCAAUUCGAACGUAUAGAAAGCUUCGAUCAAUGUAGUUUUAGUGCCGAAUUAAUGCUUAAUGUUCAACUUAAAAAAUUGAAGAAACCAACGCCCGUUCAACGAGUUGUUAUUCCUCUUAUAACGAAAAAGAAAAAUGAUUUAUUGUGUCAUGCACAAACUGGCAGCGGAAAGACUGCUGCUUUUCUUUUACCAAUUAUCAGCAGAUUACAACAUUUUUCGAGAAAACGGGGAUUUGAUACAAAUAGCUAUACUCCUUAUGCUAUUAUUGUUUCUCCAACAAAAGAAUUGGUUAAACAAUUAUAUGAUGAUGCUUGUGCUUUUUCCUUAAGAACUGGAGUAACUGUUUCUUAUACUUUUGGGGAUAUUCCAAUGAAGGCAAGUGUAGCUGGGUUAACUAAUGGUUGUGAUAUUUUUAUAGCAACUUGUGGAAGACUUUCUCAAUUUGUUGAAGAAAAAUAUAUAUCUUUGGAAGAAUUGAGAUUUUUGGUAUUAGAUGAGGCAGACAAACUUCUUAAAGUUGAUAAUUUUUAUAGCUGUGUAAAAGAAAUUAAACAGCAAAAGAAUAUUUACCCAACUCAUCGUGUAUUAAUGUUUUCUGCAACAUAUGAACAUUCAAUUAACGAUCUGGUUCAAAGUUUUCUUCGUGACGAUUUUGUUCAGAUUCAAAUUGGGCAGGUUAACUCUGCUGCAGAUACUGUUGAACAGACUUUUUUGAAAGUAAAUAAACACACAUUAAAUGGAAUUAAUGGAAAACAAGAUACUUUACUUGAAUUUUUGCUUAAACAUGAAAAAACACGUCUUGUACCACAACCUAAUGGGGAUGAUUAUUGGAAAGUACCAAAAACAAUUAUUUUUGUCGAACAAAAACGCCUUUCAUAUCGUUUAGGGUUAACUUUAAAUGAUAACAAUAUACGUGCCUCUAGCUAUAAUUCGGAUUUAACACUUAAAAUGAGAUAUCUAGCAGUUAGUAAAUUUGCUACUGAUCAAUGUGACGUUUUGGUAGCUACGGAUGUUGGGGCUAGGGGCCUUAACUUUCCAAAUGUUCAAUAUGUAAUUAAUUAUGAUUUGCCGUCGAGGGAUCUUAGAGGAUCACAAAAUGAGUACAUUCAUCGAAUAGGUCGUACAGGGAGAAUUGGAAAUGUUGGGGCAGCAAUUUCUUAUUUUGACCCAUCAAGUAUUAAUGAUAAAAGAAAUGCUAGUUAUUUUGUUAAAGUUUUGCAAGAUUCUAGACAAUCUGUCCCUGAAUGGUUGUUGGAAUUUGUAGAAGAAAAUGAAACAUCAAUCAACAAUUUGAGUAAGGAUGCUUUUAGCAAUUUUGAGGGAGAAAAGAAUUAA